CCCCUCUCCCCGCAGCUCCACCUGUCUCACCAGGAGGUUCUGCUGGAGCUGCCGCUGCCGGAGGGGCUGCAGCGGCCGCGGCCGCGCCGGGGCUCGCAGCCGGCCGUGCCGGUAACCGGAGCGGCGGAAGCGGCUCCCGGUGCGGAGCUGGCGCUGCUGCAGCGGCAGCACGGGCUGCUGCAGGAGGAGCUGAGCCGCUGCCGCCAGCUCUGCCAGGAGCGGGCGCAGGAGGCGGCGGCGCUGGAGUCGCGGCUGCGGGACAGCGAACGGGAGCGCUCCCGGUUGGAGCGGGAGCUGCAGGAGGCGCGGGGGGCACCGGCGGGGCCGCGGGGACGGAGGGCGGCGGAGCCCCGGCGGAGGAGCCUCCCGGCUGGGGAUGCGCUGUACCUGAGCUUCACCCCGCCGCAG